AUGAAUGAUCUACCGCAGGAACUUGUUGAUGGUAUCUGCAGCUACCUACCGAGAGAGAACUUACAGAACGUGCUUAUGCUUAGUCGUCAGUUCCAAUACAGCGCAGAGAAAUAUUCGGGAUUCUUCGAGAAAUAUACUCUCGACACAGACAACUCAGCAGAGUUCCAUUCUCGCUUCUCGUCCUAUCGUCUU